GAUAUAUACUGCUGAUAUACCCUCAGGCUUUCGCCAGCAUACAGCUUCUUCGCUUCCAUAAAGUUAGUCCCAAUCUGGGCGCUCCUCAGGAGUUUCACCAUGAUUAUGCGAAUAUGUUCGUUGGGUUGCAUAAUACUUUCGCUGGCAAGCUGGCGAAGUGUACAGGGCUCUCGAAGUGAGGAAGACACAUUCAUAGGGUGGCAGGGCGAGCAAUAUGCUGCCUUCCACACGAGCACGGCCAGUGACGAGGUCAUCGGCGAGGGCAGCCUCUUCAGCUUGAAUGAGACCGCGCGGCCAGCAUGGAUUCAGACCAUCAGCUACAAGCCUCGGGCGAUGGUGUACCACAACUUCCUGUCGGACCGGGAGUGCAGGCACAUCAUUGACCUGGCGCAUGCACAGAUGAAGCGGUCCACCGUGGUCGGCAGCAAGAACGCGGGUGUUGUGGACGAUAUCCGCACAAGUUAUGGAACUUUCUUGAGGCGCCACCAGGAUCCCGUAAUUGCGGCCAUUGAGCAUCGACUAGCGCUCUGGUCGCACCUGCCUGCAUCACACCAGGAGGACAUGCAGGUUCUCCGCUACGGGCCCACCAACAAGUACGGGCCCCACAUUGAUGGGCUAGAGCGCGUGGCGACAGUUCUCAUUUACCUCGUCGAGCCUGACUAUGGUGGCGAGACGGCGUUCACGGAAAGCGUGUGGAGCCAUCCGGAGCUUCAGGGCCAGGCAGAGCGCGCCAACCUCUCGCAGUGCGCGCGCGGCCGCGUGGCCUACAAACCCAAGCGUGGCGACGCACUCAUGUUCUUUGACACCAUGCCCGAUUACAAGCAGACCGACGUGCACAGCAUGCACACGGGGUGUCCCGUGGUGGAGGGUGUCAAGUGGAACGCGGUCAAGUGGCUGCACGGCACACCGUUCCGAGGCGACGAGUAUGAGCGCGCUCUCAAGGAGCCCUUCAAGCCGCUGCCGGACCCGGGCAUUUGUGCCAACCUCCAUGAGAUGUGCGAGACCUGGGCCUUGCAGGGCGAGUGCAAAAACAACCCAGGCUUCAUGAUUGGGGCAGGAGCAUCCAUGGGGUCAUGCCGCCUGGCGUGCAACGACUGCGAGAGGUGCGCUGAGGGCGACAUGGACUGCUACCGCCGCAACCGGGAUAGCGGCGGAUUUUUAAAUUUUGAUGAGUCGGAGCUGAAGGGCAUCUAGAUUCUGUUGGUCGUGUAUGGUAAUGUGCAUGCGGCUGUAAUCACAGCAGAGCAGGGGUGUAGUAACCGUGCGCGCGUGCAUAGCCCGCAUUGUAAAACUGCCAUGUGUUAUCUAGUAGUGACCGUUUGCCAGGUCGGCGUGCAUGUGCGUAGCGGAGGGGGCGAACAAGGCCACGUGGAGGAGGAGAGCGCGGCGCGCGGUUGGUGUCUGGUUAGGGGCUUUGCUGGCGAGCAUAGCGCCGCGCAGUGUGUGGUAGGCCGCAGCAGUGAGGAGAGUUGUGGCUAGAGGGUUUCCUGCUGUUUGAUUGAUUGCUGGCUGUGCCUGUGCCUGUACGAACCGACCCCUGGAGAUGCGGUAGACGCUUGCGGCCUCAGCAGGCUAGAGACGUGGCACUUUUCCAACUAUCUUGUCCGGUACUCCCGACUCCGUCCCGAGACAGCCGCCGACAGCCUCUGACUCCCAGUGGCAAGUUGGACGCCGGCGUUCGACCAGCCAU